CCAUAGCUGCCCUCCUCCCCCGGCCCAACGUCUCCGCCGCCGGCUCCACGCCGCCGCCAUGGCCGACGUGGAAGACGGCGAGGAGCCUGGCGUCCUAUCGUCUCACUCCGGGAGCGCAGGCUCCAAGUCCGGGGGCGACAAAAUGUUCUCGCUCAAAAAAUGGAACGCGGUGGCCAUGUGGAGCUGGGACGUAGAGUGCGAUACGUGCGCCAUCUGCAGGGUCCAGGUGAUGGAUGCCUGUCUUAGAUGUCAAGCUGAAAACAAACAAGAGGAUUGUGUUGUGGUCUGGGGAGAAUGUAAUCAUUCCUUCCACAACUGCUGCAUGUCCCUGUGGGUGAAACAGAACAAUCGCUGCCCCCUCUGCCAGCAGGACUGGGUGGUCCAAAGAAUCGGCAAAUGA